GUUCUUUCUUCGUUGUGGCCUGCCUCUGCAAGACUUAUGUGAAAAUAUCGAGGCAGGCUUCUACCAAACAUUUCUGUGAUGCUGGGUCUGAAAACACGUGUUUGUUUAGAACUCAAGAAAAGGAAGUAGAUACCACAAGGUCAUGCCUCUGUCAGGGGGGAAUACAUUUGUGUGUGUAAUCUUAUGGUGCAACCAUGACAAGAGCAGCACUGACUAAACUCCUCAUCCUCGUGAUCCUCACCUUCAUCAUCUGCCUCCCAGAUUUCUUCACAUUGUACAGAGUAUCAAAAGUGAACUUCCUCUGCCUGCCCUACCGACGCUGUGAGGGAGGGAAUCGGGUGAAGAAGGGGGAAAAAGCAAAGAUUGGGGAUGCUGAAAUUACAAAAAAAGAUGUGUGUGACCCCUCACAGACUCCAGAAGGUGACGGGUUCGAGCUAGACUGCACACAAGAGCAUCAGAGCAACACGACAGAUCCUGAGUCCAGGAGCGCCUCCAGAGACCCAGAACAGAGCUGGUUCAUGUGUGAAACAGAUGUUGACGUUUCACAAUUACAUAGCUCAUCUUCAGCUCUAAAAAUACAUUUGGUGGUGUCAGUGGCGCUUCAAUUUGGGGAUGCAGAGACCCUGAAUCUCACCUUAUAUGGCCACACUAAUCACAGCUCCCUACACCUCUAUCCACCUGAGGAGGAGGACAAGGAAGAGGAGGAGGAGGAUAAAGAAGGAAAGAGGAAGGCAUUUUACUGCUGUCUCCCUGCCCUGCCCAUCUCGGAGUCAGCCAAUCAAAGCCGCUGUCUCCUUUGGCUCACCAAUCAAACAGUUUUGAAUGCAACAGCAAAGGAAAAGCUGCCAUGGAAACGGACAGAGAAAGAUGAGUGGCAGUGUGUGUUCAGGGUGUUCUGGCUGGCUCUGCUCGGUGUGGUGGUGCUCACUAUAGUCAUAACUGUGCUCGGACAAAUCUACUGGAGGAGGAAUUCCUGCAAAAAGCCCAUGGUGCAUCCUGUUGUUUAUGAUGUCACUGGGGGUCACUGCCAGGGGUUAAAAGAUGGUGAGGUACACACAGAAAUCUUCAUUCCCAAAGGACUUUCACCCAUUCCAGAAGUUGACACACAGGAUAAUGGUGACAUAGAAACUCUGCUGGAUGGUAAUAGUGACCACUGCUAUACAGCAAAUCUUCAUCAUCGCAACCAUCCCUUCAUGUCUUCAUUAUCAGAGGAGCAGACCUAGUGACAGAGGAGCAGCCAGAAGAGCUGACUUAUUGAGAGUGUGUUGGACAAAAAUUAAAAAAGACAGCUUUAAUUACCAGCCACCUUAAUGGUCAAAAUAAAAAUAAAAACAUCUGAGACACA